AUGAGCGCCCCCGCGACGCUGCCCCCCGGGGGCGAAGAAGGGCUCGAGACCACCUGGCCCCCGGCGGCUAACGCUAGUCGCGUCCCGGCAGAGGAGGAGAAGGAUACGCGGUCCGACGGCACCGGGACGGCUGGCAUGGUCACCAUCCAGAGCAUCUACGCGCUAGUGUGCCUGGUGGGUCUGGUGGGCAACGCCUUGGUUAUCUUCGUGAUCCUUCGCUACGCCAAAAUGAAGACGGCCACCAACAUCUACCUGCUCAACCUGGCCAUCGCGGAUGAGCUCUUCAUGCUGAGCGUGCCUUUUGUGGCUUCAUCAGCCGCCCUGCGCCACUGGCCCUUCGGGUCGGUGUUGUGCCGCGCGGUGCUCAGUGUGGACGGCCUCAACAUGUUUACUAGUGUUUUCUGUCUGACAGUGCUCAGUGUGGACCGUUACGUCGCGGUGGUGCACCCUUUGCGAGCCGCCACCUAUCGGCGUCCUAGUGUGGCCAAGCUGAUUAACUUGGGAGUGUGGUUGGCGUCCUUGCUGGUCACCCUGCCCAUCGCGGUCUUCGCAGACACCAGGCCGGCUCGGGGCGGCCAGGCAGUGGCUUGCAACCUGCACUGGCCUCACCCGGCCUGGUCGGCAGUCUUCGUGGUCUACACCUUUUUGCUGGGCUUCCUGUUGCCGGUUCUGGCCAUUGGCCUGUGCUAUCUGCUCAUUGUGGGCAAAAUGAGAGCUGUGGCACUGAGGGCUGGCUGGCAGCAGCGGAGGCGCUCGGAAAAGAAGAUCACUAGACUAGUGCUGAUGGUAGUGGCAGUGUUUGUGCUCUGCUGGAUGCCUUUCUAUGUGGUACAGCUCCUGAACCUGUUUGUCACCAGCCUUGAUUCCACUGUCAACCAUGUGUCCCUCAUCCUCAGCUAUGCCAACAGCUGUGCCAACCCCAUUCUCUAUGGCUUCCUCUCUGACAACUUCCGUCGCUCCUUCCAGAGGGUUCUCUGCCUGCGCUGCUGCCUCCUGGAUGCUGCUGGGGGCGCUGAGGAAGAGCCCCUGGACUACUAUGCCACUGCUCUCAAGAGUAGAGGUGCGGCAGGAUGCAUAUGCCCCCCACUCCCUUGCCAGCAGGAGCCUGUUCAAGCAGAACCCAGCCGCAAGCACGGUGCCCUCACUGGGACCACCACUUUCUGAAGACCCUUCUCACCUUCCACCCAGCAUGGCCACCUCUUUCAGGGACUGCACCACCUGUACAGCCCAACAACUGCACCUCCUGGAUGCUCACCUAAAGAACAACCACCUGUUCCCACUUAAGCCCUCUCCUCCCAGCAGUGUGUGACAUCCACAAGGGCACUGAACUCCUCUACUGUUCCCCUCUCCCCAGGACUCUGGCUUUCAGGAGAACGCCUUAAUGGGGGUAGGACUUCUCUGGGAACUGGGCUAGGGUGUUGAUCAUUUUGGAGCCUCUGUCUAUUUUUGGAGGGAUGGGAAGCAGGAGGUGGCCAUAGGGUAAUAGCCACCUGUGUGUGACUUAUUGCAGUGACUGCUUGGAAGGGGAAUCAGAAAGGUAGAGGCAGGCAGUAGCCCUUGCUUUUAGCAGGCUUUUUGCCUUGUGAUGGGAAUCUAGCAUGUGCAGAGAGAGAAGCAAGGAAGAACACUUCCAAGCAUAUUCCCUUUGCCUGUUCCUGGGCUCCCGUUGCUAAGUGAGAUUUCUGUGCAUCAGCCUGAGGCACUUGUUCUGUGUACCACCUCCCCACCAUCCCCUGACCUGACACCUGCUUGUAAUCAUAAGUGUCCAGAUUGGUAUCCAGGGCUAGUAGCAGGUUUCCUGUGAGUGAAAAAGGUU